AUGAAGUCUUCCUUGACCAAGAUUAACGCACAGGACGCCCAGGGCAAGACCGCCCUCCACGAGGCCGCUCGCUGGGGUCACCGCCAUGUGGUCGAGUUCCUGCUCGAGCAGGGCGCCCAGGUCGACCUCGCCACGACAGAGGGCUCCACUCCCCUGCACCUGGCCUCUCGCUUCGGACAGGACGACGUGGUACAGUUCCUGGCGAGCAAGGGUGCUGACGUCAACGCACUCGACCAGGACAAGGACACUCCGCUGACGAUGGCCUCUGGUGCCGGCAAGGUGAGCACCGUACGGCUCCUCCUGAGCCUGGGUGCGGAUGUCACCCAUCGCAACGCGCUCCACAGGACCGCCCAGGAUCUCGCCAAGGACCCGGCCACCGCCGAGAUCUUUACUGAGGGCAAGUACCAGUCGCCCACCCACUACUGA